AUAAAAGGUCUGUGCGCAAGCUGUUCACGCAAAUACAUGUACUUACAUUCAUGGAAAUGGGUGGGAGAAACAUGGGUGAGUGUGAGUGACUCGUUACCUGGCCCUUCAUUUUGUUUCCACCAGCUGAGAAUUAGAGCAAGCUAGAAGGUCGUUCUUACGGUCGCAUGCGAGUGAGGCUUAAGGAGCGCAACUGAGGGAGUUCCGAUAUCGAAUGAAAGUGAGAACAAGUAGAUCUUCACACAAGGUGGUAAUCAUGAGCGUUGUGUGCUGUUGGUCGUUGUUCGAAACAAAGAGGGCAGAGUAAAUCCAUCACCAACCUAGAUGUAUGUGGCCGCGAACCGGUUUCGCGCGUCCGCCAACCGGGCACGCACAACAUCGGCGAGCGGGUGGUGGCGGGUAAAAGCGAAGCCAUGGCUGCAGAACUUGAUAGAGGUAUAAAACCACUGCGAAGCUGCAAGGGACGUUUCGUUUUGUCAGAGGGCCUUUGUAUGUUAAUUUUGAAUGGUAUCAAUGUUCUGAAUUUUCAAAUGCAACCCCAACAAGUUCUUCCACUUGUAGCAUCUUAUCACAACCAAAUUUGAAUUCAACAGCGUCCGGACUCCAGCACCGCUGCGGCCUGGCUGCACACAGUGAUCGUCGGCACCAUCAUCGUCUCCUCGAUCACUUUCUGUAUCGAGACGAUUCCGGAGCUCACCCACUACAAUACGUUUUGGGCGCAUCUGGAAAUCUUUUUCGUGGUGGUGUUUACUUUCGAGCUGGUCGCCCGCUACGCCAUCACGGACCAAACCACCUGCGAGUUUUUCAGCGAAAUGUGGACGGUGCUGGAUGUGUUGGCGCUACUUCCGUUCUACUGCGCCGCCGUGGAGCUGGAGUUUCCCACCGGCGCCAUCGACUCCAAAACCGGCACCCCCGACACCGCCCCCCUGCCCGAUAUGCGCAUUCUCCGGAUGUUUCGUUUGCUGCGCGUGUUCAAGCUGGCGAGACACGGGAACAAGCAACUGGGCUUCGUGUUUGAGGGUCUGUCGCAGAGCAAAGUUUCAUUUCUCCUCCUGUUUACCAUGUUGGGACUGGCGCUCAUUUUCUUCAGCUUUCUGGCCUGGGCGACGGAACGGGGCGAGUGGGAUGAGCUAUCAUAUGUAAAAAUGUCUGGGUCUGGAAGAGUCCGAACUUGUGAUGCACAUUUCAGAACACAGAAAAAGCUCUCAUGCAUGGGUAGCAAAAGCUGCCCACUUUCUGUCACCAAAGUGGGGGAUUUGUCAUGCGGAUUCGACAUUGCGGAAGCUUCUCGAAACCUGUAAUGCUAGAGCUUCCAUGCCAGACCUUCUGUGUCAUGCAGAAACAGCAUGACUCUUCCAGACCCAGACAUUUUUACACUUGAUAUGAGCGGGAAAACUGCUACCGCAGGGAAAACGAGUCGCACUACCCCGGUUUUCCCCAAAGACAAUUUUUUUUUUUCGAUCCAAUUGUAAGCAGGGCGGGCCCUUUGCAACCGACUUGCGCCGCGAAUGGCCAGACCGAGGCGCGCGCCCCCCCGGGUGUGUUGCUUUAUGGAAUCCAAGAGAUUGCGUAGCUAGUGGCGCCAACGAACUGCUUUGGUAGCUCCUCGAGAAGUAUGCGCGCAAUUUGAGAAAGGCCUCUGCGGCUCGGAGUCCAGACGCAGCCGGCCGCCCCUCCUUCAGGGCAGAGCAGCUUGCUGAUGUUCUCCAUGACCGACCCCAGUGUGCCUCUCUUUCUAUCCUACAGGCUGAAAAGCGCAACGCCCCGCCCGGCUUUUUGGGGCGCAAGCAGCUCGAGCCCCGCGGGGCAGCGCCCGGGGCAAGGCGCCCGUGCCAGACCCGCCCCCCGGCCACCUAAGGCUCCCACGCGAUGCCCCUUGCCGUGGACCUGUGUUCUCCACUUGAGGCUGGCCGGCACCGUUUCCCUGAGUGCAUGCUCGGACACGUUGGCGAGAAAAAAAACGUAUGCUGGGGAUUUCGUCCCUAAGCGGCUAUCUACGCACUUGCGGCCACCAAAACGGGCACCAGAAACGUCCCGAAAGUGGACGCAUGCACGACCUCCAGGGAAGCGGCGAGGCCGGGGCCUCAAAAGUUGGGCGCGGCCUUCAAAGUCCGGCGGCCACGUGGGCCCGGGCAAGGGGCCAGCGCGGCUGACGAAUCCAGGCCGACGCCCACAAAUCAACACUCGGCACGGCAGGCGGGGCGUUGGAUCGCUAACAGAAUAACAGCGCCCCGUCCGAGAUAGCAACGCAGAGCACGCUUUUCCAGCACCAUGCCCGCAGCCAAGCAAGCGCGAGCAGUGCGGCGGGGCCGCGUUGCAGUAGUCUACACGCGGAUCGGGCCGAAAUAGAUACACACACACAUCCACAAAGCCUGCUGCCCCAUCAGCUCAUGCGCUGACUUUUGAGCGCCGCCAUCUCGCUUGCUCCUUUGCAUAUGUAACAGCAUCAGAGAUUAUCCUUGAAGAAGAUCCACUAGCGGACACUAUCCGGUCGGGCUGCGCAGCCGGCGGCCGUGUUGUUGCAUCAGUUCAAAAAUUUUUUUUUGAUUUGGGGAAAACCGGGGUAGUGGGGACAGUUUUUCCUAACGUAACUGCUACCGCAGGGAAAACGAGCCGCACUACACGAAUUGCUCCCCGUUUGAGAAUAUCAAGUGCAAAAAUGUCUGGGUCUGGAAGGUGGUAACUUGUGAUGCUGUCUUUGGAUUCCAAAAAAAUCUGUAUUGCAUGACAAGCAAAAGGAGUCCAGUUUGUGCUACACGGGGAGGGCAUUUCUCAUGCGGAAUAAGCAUCAGGAAGCCUUCUAAAAAUCUGGGAUGCUAGGGCAUGCAUUACAGGCGUCAUUGGUCAUGCAAAAUAUGCAUGACAAACCUGGCAAUCUUCCAGACCCAGACAUUUUUGCAGUUGAUUGAGAACGUAUUCAUGAGUUUCUGGUGGGGGAUCACCACAAUUACGACGGUCGGGUAUGGGGAUGCCUAUCCCUUGUCAGUCAGCGGGAAAAUCGUCACGUGUAUUUUUGAUGCGUCUUUGUUUUUAUCACUUUUGCUGAUUGAGACUUUACUUAGGGUUAGGACUGUACAUGAUUAUGAUUUUUCUACAUGCGUGGUUAUGAUUUUUCAAAAUAAGAAAGAAUUUUGAAACUCGAAGAAAUUUUUGUUCACGCGGACUUCAUGUAUAAAUAUCCACCCGACUCAAGUAGAAGUCCACCAACGAUCAUGAUAAAUACAAAAUUCAGCUUUCGCCAUGAUCACCGGUCUCCUUUGCGUUGCACUUCCCACCACGCAGCUAGGCUUGGAAUUUUCCGCGGCGUACAGCAAAGGUCGGACGGAGCGAGCGCAGAAGAAGGCACGGAAAAGCAUCAUGAUGUGUUCGCGCGAGGAGAUCAUGCUGGUCGAUGAGUUGCGGAAGUUGGAUAGUUGCCGAAAAACGCUUGCCGACGGCAGUCCGUUCCUGGAGGCACUGUUUGCCUCCCGCGAAGAUAGCUACGAGAUGCGGAUGAGAGACUUGACGUAUCCAAGAAAAAAACGAUGUGAGCGUAAAUAUGUGAUGCAGGAAAUACAAAACUGUUACGGUUGUCAUGCUGGAUGUGCGUCAUAGGCCACUUUCAUACGUGUUUCCACGUACUAGUUGCGCAUGACAGGUUUUCCCUUUAAUGCAAAACGAAUUUGUGAUGCUGCUCUUCCUACAAAGUUACACUUACACAGUUUUUUUCCUGGAUAUGACGCCCAGGACCAGUAGUAAGCAGAAGGCGGUGAAAAAAAAAGUCGACGCCGAGCAGAAGAACGUCAAUCUGUUAGUCUCGCAGGCCGAUUCCGCGAUGCGACAGUAUCGGCAUUUUCUCUUGACCUCGGUCAGUAAAGGCAAUUUGAAGGGCGAAUCGCAGGAAAAUAUCGGAGAUAACUAAAUCUAAAAUCUUCACAUGAUGAAGAUAGUAGCAACGGAGGAUGGGGAGCGAGUCGUUAUUUUUCCGUUUUUUCACCUUGUUUUCAGUGGAGGUCGUAGUUUCCACAUUCUUUUUCUUGUAUGUUUCUUACUUUUUGGUUGUCGAGAUCAUGCUCCUUAUCCGGUAUGCGGGAGGCAGGAGCUGGCCGCAGUGUUUUCUUUUCCAGAGAAGGUCAUGCAGCUAUUCGGGGCAUUUAAACGCCCUCUUAAGCUUCUUGACCAUUCUUUGUCUACUCGUCUAGUACGCCAGGAGGUGAUUGAUUGCCUUUAGUACUUUCAGUUUUACUCUUGUAAAGUCGUGUUGUCAGAGCCAGAAGUUGUCUCUAACAUUGUACGGAAAGAAGACGAAAUUGCUGACUUAAUCGAAAAAAGAUGCACAGUAUAAAGUGAAAACAGAGCGUGAAGAUCAAUAAAAACAGAAAUAGACUCCAUCAGCGAGGAAAGUCAACCACUCGGCAAAAUUGCCAGAAGAAUUUGUCCAAAGGCAGCUGCUUCAAAAU